UGCAUGCAUGCUCUCUUUGAGGAUCUGCAAGAGAUUAUAUAGAGUAAGGAAAGAGAGGAUCCAUGGAAGAAUCACAAGGCUUUUCGAUUACCUGUGAGGAGCAUGAAGAGCUCGUAACCAGGUUGAAGGAUUGGAGAAGAAGGUCGGGGAUCAAAGCUCCAAAGAUUGAAGUCAGGUUCGAGCAUUUGUCAGUGGAGACCGAGGUCCAUGCUUCGGGGAGAGUUCUUCCCACCCUUCCGAAUGUCAUCAUCAACACUGCUCAGGAACUUCUGGGAUGGCUAAAAGUGUAUGAUACAAAAAGGAGGCAUGUCAAAGUGCUGAGUGAUUUGAAAGGAAUUGUAAAGCCAUCUAGGAUGACACUUGUGUUAGGAUCUCCAGGUUCGGGAAAGUCAACGUUUUUGAGAGCACUUUCUGGGAAACUAGAUCCUAGUUUAAAAGUCACAGGGAAAGUCACAUACAAUGGGCAAAAGAUGAACCACUACAUCUCACAAAGGAUGUGUGCAUAUGUUAGCCAACUUGACGCCCAUCAAGCUGAGAUGACAGUGAAGGAGACCCUGGAGUUCUCUAAGAAGCUGUUAAAUGCCGGAGAUGAAAAAGAGAUGCUUAAAAUGAGCACAGGAGAGACACAAGCAAGCAUCAAAAAAGAGACAAAUACCUAUGCCACGGAAACUGAGUUUUCAAAAGAUGAAGGGGAUUUCGUAGUCAACUACAUUCUGAAGGUACUUGGCUUGGAUGAGUGUGCAAACAUAAUAAUAGGUGAUCAGAUGAGAAGGGGAAUAUCCGGAGGACAAAAGAAAAGAGUCACUAUUGGUGAAAUGCUAGUAGGACUAGCACAAUGUUUUUUCAUGGAUGACAUUUCCACAGGGCUUGAUAGCUCCACUACCUUUCGUAUUCUCAAGUUUCUGCAGCAGCUUACACAUGGUUUGGAUUUCACCAUGGUUAUAUCUUUGCUUCAGCCUACUCAAGAGACAUUUGAUCUAUUUGAUGACAUAAUCCUUUUAUGUGAGGGAAAAAUUGCUUACCAAGGACCAAGAGAACAUGUCCUUAAAUAUUUUGAAUGGAUGGGCUUCAAAUGUCCUGACAGAAAGAACGUUGCAGACUUCCUGCAAGAGAUAAUAUCAAAGAUGGAUCAAUCACAAUACUGGACAGGUAGCAAAAGUACUUAUCAGUACAUAUCCGUACAAAAAUUUUCAGAAUGCUUCAGAUCUUCCAGCUUUGGCCAGCAACUCCAAGAAGACUUGCAAAAGCCAUUUAACAUUGACGAGGGUGAUCAAAUUAUCAAACUAAACCAGAUGUAUAGCGUCCCAAAGUGGGAGAUAUUCAAGGCCAGCUUCUCAAGGGAAAAGCUACUAAUGAAAAGAAAUUCUCCAUUUCACAUAUUCAAGGCCAUACAAAUCAUCUUGCUGGCAUUUAUCACUAUGACAAUUUUCCUCCGAACAACAAUGAAACAUCAGACAGUAAUGGAUGGUUAUCAUUAUCUCGGAGCAAUAUUUGGUGGAGUGGUGAUGGUAAAAUUCAAUGGUAUGACAGAAUUGCAAAUUAUCAUCAGAAGACUUCCUAUCUAUUACAAGCAGAGGGAAGUACUAUUUCUGCCAGGAUGGGCUUUCCUUUUACCUAUUACAAUCCUCAGCCUCCCAGCCUCAUUUGUUGAAGCAGGUCUAUGGACAAGUCUGACAUACUAUGUAAUUGGCUUUGCACCAUCAGCAAUUAGAUUCUUGCAACAGUUCUUGGCAUUAUUUUGUGUGCAUCAGAUGUCGAUGUCACUUUUCCGCUUUAUAGCGGUUAUCGGAAGAACACAGCUGAUGGCUAACACACUAGGGACAGCCACUUUAGUGGCUGUCUACAUUCUAGGAGGUUUUGUCAUAUCCAAAGAUGCUAUUCAAUCAUGGUUGGUCUGGGGCUAUUGGUUAUCACCUUUGACAUAUGGUCAGAAUGCUGUAGCAAUCAAUGAAUUUCUUGAUCAAAGAUGGAGUACGAAAAUUGACAAUGGAGGAAGCAACGAGGAUACAGUUGGAAAGACCAUUCUGAGACAAAGAGGGAUGUUAACAGAGUGGCACUGGUACUGGUACUCUGUAGCGAUAUUGCUUGCAUUUGCUCUGGUUUUCAACAUUCUCAGCAUUGUUGCACUUGAAUACCUACGAGCUCCAUUGAGAAGUCGAUCCAACAUACGUAUGGCGCCUACAGAUUUCAAGAAGGUUAAUGCAGAUGACGCCCAAGAAUUAACAGCUGAAGCAACACACCAGAGAAGGAUGUCUCUACCAUUUCAACCUCUGACCGUAGCAUUCAAAAAUAUUAAUUAUUAUGUAGACAUGCCUAAGCAACUGAAGCAAGCUGGAGUGAAGCAGGAUAAGCUUCAGUUGCUACGGCAAGUCUCUGGAGUCUUCAGGCCUGGAGUACUAACUGCACUAAUGGGAGUGACAGGUGCUGGAAAGACUACAUUACUAGAUGUUUUAGCAGGAAGAAAAACAGCAGGGUACAUUGAAGGAAGCAUCAAGAUAUCAGGAUAUCCUAAAAAGCAGGAAACAUUUGCCAGGAUUUCAGGAUAUUGUGAACAAUCAGAUACUCACUCUCCUUGUCUAACCGUUCUAGAAUCUUUAUGGUACUCAGCACGGCUUCGUCUUCCAUCAGACAUAGACACAUACACAAGAAGUCUAUUCAUAGAUGAAGUUAUGGAACUGGUUGAGCUAAAGGAACUGAAGAAUGCAAUGGUAGGUUUACCAGGAGUAAAUGGCCUUGCCGCAGAAGAGCGCAAACGUCUAACAAUUGCAGUGGAGUUAGUUUCAAGCCCUUCUAUCAUAUUCAUGGAUGAACCCACAACAGGUUUAGAUGCUAGAGCUGCAGCAAUUGUCAUGAGAACAGUUAGAAAGGCAGCUGACACUGGGCGAACAAUUGUCUGCACAAUCCAUCAACCAAGCAUUGAGAUAUUUGAAGCUUUUGAUGAGUUACUUCUAAUGAAAAGAGGAGGGCAGCUUAUAUACAGUGGACCUUUGGGAAAUUUAUCGAAGAACAUGAGACAAUACUUUGAAGCUAUUCCAGGAGUACCCAUGAUUAUAGAUGGUCAAAAUCCUGCAACAUGGAUGUUAAAUGUCACUUCUCCUGCCAUGGAGUAUAAGCUUGGCAUAGAUUUUGGAACUAUAUAUCGCAAUUCAUCACUUCACAAAGACAACAUUAACCUGGUUGAUGAGUUGAGUGAAAGACAGACUAACACAGAAGACCUUCACUUCAAAUCCAAAUAUACACAAAGUUUUUCAUCUCAGUGUAUAUCCUGCCUGUGGAAACAACAUAGAUCUUACUGGAAGAAUCCAGAGCAUAAUGUAGUUCGUUUCAUCAUCACAUUCUCAGUAUCACUUCUAUUUGGUUUAGUAUUCUUUAAAAUUGGCUCUAGAAGAGACACACAGCAAGAUAUUUUCAACAUUCUAGGAGCAAUGUAUGGUUCAGCACUGUUUAUUGGGUUCGCAAAUGCUAGUGUAGUACAGCCUAUUGUGGAAAGGGAGAGGAUUGUAUUUUACCGUGAAAAGGCAGCUGGGAUGUAUUCUUCUUUGCCAUAUGCCAUAGCUCAGGUGGCCAUUGAGAUUCCUUACGUUGUGAGCCAAGCUUUAAUUUUCUCAGCCAUUGUUUAUCCAAUGAUUGGAUUCCCAUUUACAGUGGCAAACUUCUCCUGGUUCAUUCUGUUCUUGGUCUUGAGUUUUAUCUAUUUUGUUCUCUUUGGAAUGAUGACAAUCUCACUAACACCAAACCAAGAAAUAGCAGCGCUUCUCUCUUUUUUCCUCUUUGUUACGUGGAAUAUCUUCUCCGGAUUCUUCAUUCCUCAAAAGAUGAUACCAAUUUGGUGGAGAUGGUAUUAUUGGGCUAAUCCUGCUGCAUGGACUGUUUAUGGUCUAAUGGUUACACAGCUAGGUGACGGUGAUGAUAGUUUGGAAAUUAUGGGCGGGAUCAAGAUGAUGGUGAAGGAGUUUCUCAAGCAAUAUUUUGGGGUACAAGAGAGCUAUCUUCCACUCAUUGUGUCCCUACACUUUGCAAUAAUUGUGUUAUUUAUGUUUGUAUUUGGGUUCAGCAUCAAGUAUCUGAAUUUUCAGAGAAGAUAGCUAAACUGUAUGUUUUGUACAACCAAGAUUUAAUUUCAAUCAACUCCAGAUAAACGAAGACAUGGAGUUGGUUUAUACAAAAUAGCAUAUGACAGUUAGUGAUAGCCUCAACCUGUAUUACAACCCUCAAUUGUUCAUAUCACUGGGGCAAAUUGUAACAUCUACAGCAUGUUGUUGAAUAAAAUCAAGCUUUAUAUGGAGUAGAUACAAGAAAUAGAGAAAGCAAUCAUUUUUGCAUUUAUCAGAUUGGCAAGCCAUUUACAUAUCCAAAUAGCCUCUUAAGGACAUUAUCCUUAGAAUAAGUCAUUAGCUUUAUUAUAAAUUUUCUCUUUCAA